CUUAAAGCCACCACCUAAGGAUGGAGUGACAAAAAGCAACCCUUCAAAAAGGCAUCGUGAGAGACUCAAUGCAGAACUCGAUCUUUUAGCAUCUUUGUUGCCAUUCGAACAAAAUAUUUUAAGUAAAUUGGAUAGACUGAGUAUUUUAAGGCUUUCAGUCAGCUACUUGAGGACUAAAAGUUAUUUUCAAGUGGUCAUGCAUAAGGAGAAGGAGGAAAAUGGAAUGAUUCACAUACAUCACUCAUCACAUGAUAGUUACAGAACGAGGGAGUUGGGCAUUUUCGAGAAUGGAUUGCUUGAUGCUGACGUUUUCCUUCAACUCUUGUAUGACACGUUUUAUAAUAAAAAAGAUGAUAACACAAUAUUAAAAUCAUAUUAUCUCUUGCUUCCAUUACAGGCUCUCAAUGGGUUUUUAAUGAUACUAACUUGUGAAGGAGAAGUUUUCUUCGCAACGCAUAGCAUAGAAAGUUAUUUGGGAUUUCAUCAGUCGGAUAUUGUUCAUCAGUCGGUUUAUGAGCUUGUCCAUUCUGAGGAUCGUGAAGAACUUCAGAGACAGCUUUUAUGGAAUUCUUUCCUUCCUCCGGAUUUAUCGGGGAUGCCAUUAUCAGAAGCUUUGGCGCCGGAUAAACUGCAUUAUCUAGAAAGAAGUUUUACUGUUCGCUUCCGCUGCUUGCUCGACAAUACAUCUGGAUUUUUGCGACUAGAUAUACGAGGGAGAGUGAAAAUAUUGCAUGGUCAAAAUAGAAAAACCGAAGAACCUCCUUUAGCAUUAUUCGCAUAUUGCACACCAUUUGGACCGCCUAGUUUACUUGAAAUACCUCAAAAGGAAAAUAUGUUUAAAUCAAAACAUAAACUCGACCUGUCACUUGUUUCAAUGGACCAAAGAGGCAAACUCAUGUUGGGAUAUUCAGACUCAGAACUUGCCGCACUGGGUGGCUAUGAUCUUGUACACUACGAUGACUUGUCAUAUAUUUCAAGUGCACAUCAAGAACUUUUAAAAACUGGAGCUUCAGGCAUGAUAGCUUACAGGUUCCAGAAAAAAGAUGGCGAGUGGCAAUGGCUACAAACCAGCUCAAGAUUAGUUUAUAAAAAUUCAAAGCCAGACUUUGUGAUAUGCACGCAUCGCCAACUGAUGGAAGAAGAAGGUCGAGAUUUGCUGGGAAAGAGAACAAUGGAUUUCAAGGCAAUUUUUCUCAAGUUUUAUUGUGACGUCAGUUAUCUCGAUACUGGUCUUUCCUCAAGCUAUUUUACCGAAGCAGAUCAACUUUUGGUGACUCCAAAUGGAACGUCGCCAUCAGCUUUAAACAGUUCAACUGGUGCAGCACCUCCAACUCAAAGGACAAAUCGUCGUUAUAAAACUCAACUGCGGGAUUUCCUUUCAACAUGUCGUUCGAAGAGAAAAGUAACAAAUGCUGGCGCAAUUCAACCGACUGGUGCAGUUCCGACUGGACAACUUUCGAGUCCUUCACCUGCUGUCGUUGACUAUAUACCGGAUCCAACUGCAGUUGCUGUAGCUUAUUCUAAUCUCAAUCCAAUGUAUUCGUCGUCUCCAGUAUCGUAUGGCGCAGGUUCAACCGAUAACAUUUAUAUGACCCAAUCGAUUCAUUCCAGUAGCUUCUAUCCAUCUGCUGAGAAUCUUUUUCACCAGUAUAGACUACAAGGUGGAUACUAUCCUGAUUAUCAUCAUCACCAUCACCAUCAUCCUUCUUCUCCCUACGUGGCAAAUGGAUUUCUACCAUACGACGGCUAUGGCCUGACAUCACCCGUCGUAAAUACAAAGGAAGAAAAAUGGCAUGAUGAGAAAUACUACAACAAUAGCAGUAACAGUGAUUUGAGUCAUUCAACGAAUGGCAGACAUAAUUUCAAUUAUGAUGGAUCAACUCAACAACCGGUUAUUCAACAUUCGCACACAAAAAACAAAACACCGAAAAGCUCUCCAAAUAAUGCAAUCGACGCUUCCUCAUCACCAAAUGAAAAUAUCAUCACAUCAAAUCGAUCGAAUCGGGCAACGCCUGAAAUUUUGUCAAUUCAACCAAAACUUGAAAAUUCACCACCUUCAAAUCGAUCUUACGAUCAAGUUCUUCAUCGACAAACAGUGAUUCAAAUGGGUAUGUGGGGCAGUGGAAAUAACCAACCAUCUGAUGAUAUGUCACCUAAUUUAGCAUUUUGCACAAACCACUUCAAAGUCAACAGAUUGAAUGCAGCUUCUAAUCAACAGCAAACAACGGCAUCUUGUAUAACAACGUAUACAUUAAGUGGAAAUCCGUCAACGUCAACAGUAAUGGCUUCCAAUGGCAAUGAUCAAGAAGACAGCCCACUGUUGUCAUUCUGUUCUGUCACAAAUACUUUGCUAAAUCAGUGA